AUGGAAAUGGGAAUAUCGAAUCAAACUGUUGUUUUGUUGGAUCUUGCCAAAGUCGUUGAUAUUCUAUCAUUUUGUUUAUCUUCGAUUAUAUUUAUUGUGCUCAUCUAUUUGAUUAUUAGCUAUUCACCAGCACAUUUUGGAAAUUAUACUUAUCUUUUGAUGGUGUUUUCGAUGAACAGUUGGAUUUUUGCCCUCGCACAUGCGUUUUUACAACCGGUAAAUUUGGGUUAACUUUUUUUUUUUUUUUUCUUAAAAGCCUUCCUUUUUUAUGAGUUGUUUUGAAAAUAAUUUUUAGAAAAUAAAUUCCCGAAAAUUCUCAUUUAGAAAAUCAAGUAAUAUUUGAAAAUUCAGACUUUUCAGGAAAAAGUUAAAAUUGUGCUUGAAAUUUCCCAAUUUUUUAAAAGCUCUUUUUGUCUUCACAAAGCUCCCUUUAUUUCAAACAUCUUUUUUAUAUCAGCUGAUAUAAAAAAUGAUGUUUGAAAAAAGAGCCCAGCUAAAUUUUCCGUAGGCGUAAAAGGCAGCUCUUUGAGAUUAUUAUUCACAAGGGAAAAUUCUAGAAAUUAUAAAUAUUUUUUAGCGAAAAAUAUAGUAAACUUGAAUAAAAUUGAAAAUAAACUCAACAAUGAGAAUUUCGAAAAUGUUCACAAUUUUGGAAAACAAAAAUAAAAAAAAAAGUUUCAGGUAAUCUCCGUCGAAAAAUAUGUACUCUUCGUCUUCUCGCCAACAAAUUACAUGCAAUUUUCAAAAACAACAAUUCGGGCACUUUUAGGUAUGAAUUUUUGGAAGUUUAGUUUAGAAAGGAACCUAGAAAUCGACUUAGACCUAUUCUAAAUUUUCUAAUGAUCGGUAAUCAACAAUCAAAUUGUUACAUUCCGGAUUUUCAGCAAUCUACGGUAUCAGUUAUAGUCAAACAAUUGUCUUCAUUGCCGUUCAAUUUAUCUACAGAUAUUUGGCAAUUUGCCAUCGCAGUUAUCUUUAUCUUUUUGAUCGAAAAUUUCUAGUUUUUUGGUAUUUGCUGAUCGUUGUUUUUGGAUUUAAUUGGGGUUUUUGUAUUUUUUAUAUUGCAAAAGAAACACCUGAAACUGAUGCGAUAAUUGGGCCAGUUCUCGAGAAUUCUUUCGGCUUGAAAAUUGAGAAUGUGAAUUAUGUUGCGGCAAAUUAUUAUAUGAGCAAUGGAGUUGACUUAAAUCUCAAGACGAUUUUUAUGGUGGUCAACUUUGCAAUUAUUAUUGUAAGUUUUUCAUAUUUGAAGAAGUUUGAGCUAAAUUCUUAGUGUUAAAAAUAGUUUAUUCAAAAAAGAGAACAUAUUUUUUUCAUAAUUAAUUUCAGGGUUCAUCGUUAGUUGUUAUCACAAUUUGUUGUAUAAAAAUUUGGAACAAAUUCGGAACAAUCAAAAAUUCGCAAGACAGUCAGGAUCUUUUAGUCACCGCCUUGACUUUCCAGGUUUCCUGCAUUUUCAUAUUAUCAUUUUUUGACACAUUUUUUUUCAGAUGAUAAUUCCAUUAUUCCUUCUCUACGUUCCAAUCCUGGUUGUUUUAGCUUUGCCAGUUUUCAAAAUUCAAAAUGAAGCAAUUGUUUCGUUUACCUCGAUUAUAAUUUCAUUAUACCCACUUUUUGAUGCAACUACAAUGAUUGCAAUAAUUCCGUAUUAUCGAAAUGGCUUUGUCAAAUUAAUGACUCCAUCAAAAGUUUCAAAUCAAAUUGAGAAUUUGGAUUUUUAA